GUGAAUUAAAUGAGUUGUUUCUUGUCGGACAUGUUACGUUGUGGGACACAAGUCUCACAUGUUGCCGUUCUUGACGUGUGGUUCAUACACUGGAACUGAGAAGCCUGAAAAUGCCAAAGAAAGGGAGACGAGCAGCCUCCAUCAAGGACGUCCCCAGCAAACAGAGAAAGACUGUCUCCAACGGUGUAUCGUCCCCCCUGCGCUUUGACACCCCGUCCAGUCUGUUCCAGAGCUUGAUCUCACCUCUGAGUCAGGAUGAGUUCUUUCGGGAUUACUGGGAGAAGAAGCCUCUCCAUUUGCAGAGAGCUGACCCAGCCCUGGCGUCCUACAACCAGUCUCUGUUCCAGCUCUCAGACCUGAAGGAGCUUUCUUCCCUGGGGCUGGAGUAUGCCCGGGACCUAAACGUUUGUCGUUGUGUCCAGGGACAGAAAAAAGUGCUGAACAAGACAGGUCGUGUCAACUACAGUCAGCUGAGGAAGGAUUUCGACCAGAAGAGAGCAACCAUCCAGUUCCACCAGCCACAAAGGUUCAAAGAUGAACUAUGGCACAUUCAGGAGAAGCUGGAGUGUUUCUUUGGUGCUCUGGUGGGCUCCAACGUUUACAUCACCCCCCAGGAGUCCCAGGGACUACCUCCCCACUACGACGAUGUUGAGGUGUUCAUCCUGCAGCUGGAGGGGGAGAAGCACUGGCGGCUCUACAGUCCCACUGUGCCCCUGGCGAGAGAGUAUAGCCUGGAGCCAGAGGAUCGCAUCGGCAUGCCCACCCACGACAUCAUCCUCAAGGCUGGUGAUCUUCUGUACUUCCCCAGAGGAACCAUUCAUCAGGCUGACACCCCCGUUGGAGUGGAACAUUCCACCCAUCUAACCCUCAGCACCUAUCAGAACUCGUCAUGGGGAGACUUCCUGCUGGAUGUGUUUCCCAGCUUCCUGUUUGACUCCAUGAAGAGAGAUGUGAGCCUGCGAGAGGGCAUGUCCCGCAGACUGUUACUGGGAGCCAGUGGGGCUUCAGACACGAGCGGGCGCUUGGCCACCUUCCUGAGAGGCCUGGCAGAUGAGAUAGAGCAGGACAAACAGGAGCUGCGCUCCACUGAGAUGAAAAGAGACUUUGUCACCAGCAGACUUCCCCCUUACACACUGCAGCAGGGAGACCUCUCACCAGCUGGAAAGAUGCCUGCGCUGGAAGAUACUGUGUGCCUGAGGUUCAAGGACCACAUUCUGGUGACAUUCGAAGCCAGUCAGGAUAGAACAGAUGAGGCCACAGAGUUGGUGGUAUUUGUGUUACACUCUCUGAGAAACAACAGGGAGACACACAUGAUGGGAGGGAGUGGUGGUGACGAGGAUGACGAUGAGGAGGAUGAAGUGUUAGACUCUCAGCCCCGGGGCCUGCGCUUCCCUCUUACCCACCUCCAGGCUCUCAGUCAGCUGCAGGGGGCAGAAUGCAUCCCAGUGGCCCAGCUGGAGCUGCCCUCAGAUGGAGACAAGGUUAACCUGGCCCUGGCCCUCUGGACAGAAAGCUUGCUGGUUGUGUGCUGACCGGCCGACUAAGCAAACCCGGCAGUUGUCUCAAUUAAACAAUGACAUCUAUGAAUAAAUAACGGCAUACUUAA